AGAAUGGAGGAACUUGCUAUCAAGCUCAGAGCUGAGGGUAUCCAGAAAAAAGUCAUUUCUCCGGGAAAAGGAGAGCUUUCAACGUUCCCUAAUGGAACAAAGGUGAAGUUUCAUUACCGCACUAGCCUGUGUGAUGGCACCUUGUUGGAUGACUCCAGGACGAUGGGAGGUCACAGUAAACCCAUGGAGCUCAUACUGGGGAAGAAGUUUAAGCUUCCUGUGUGGGAGCAAGUGGUUACCACUAUGAAAGAGGGGGAAAUAGCUGAAUUCACUUGUGAUGUUAAGCACACAGCUCUCUACCCUCUGGUUUCUCUGUCACUACGAAACAUCAGCCAAGGAAAAGACCCGCUGGAAGGACAGAGACACUGCUGCGGGAUCGCUCAGGUUCACUCGCAUCACUCUUUAGGUCACCAUGAUCUGGAUAAGUUGCAGACCAAUCCUCAGCCUCUGAUCUUUACCCUGGAAUUGCUACAGGUCUUGUCUCCUGGCUCCUACCAGCAGGAAAUAUGGGCAAUGACAGAUGAUGAGAAACUGGGGGCCAUACCUCAGAUCCAUGAGGAGGGAAAUGCACUCUUCAAGAGUGGAGAUAUUUCAGCAGCUGCUGAGAAAUACUAUAACGCCAUCGCCUGUCUGAAGAGCUUACAGAUGAAGGAGCGUCCAGGUGAUGAGCACUGGAUCAAACUAGAUCUCAUGAUCACUCCUCUCCUCCUCAACUAUUGCCAGUGUAAGCUUCUUCUGGGCCAGUACUAUGAGGUUUUGGACCACUGCUCUUCUAUCAUCAACAAGUAUGAAGAUAACGUGAAGGCGUACUUCAAACGAGGGAAGGCUCAUGCAGCGGUGUGGAAUGAAGCAGAGGCCAGAGCUGACUUUGCCAAAGUGCUCACACUUGAUCCAUCACUUGAAGCCUCUGUUGCAAAGGAGCUGAGAGCGAUGGAGGAACGCAUUCGGGAAAAAGAGAAAGAGGAGAAGGGGCGCUACAAAAACCUUUUUGGCUACAGCGGGAAAGCCUCAGCUGCAGCUACCACAGGCUGAAACAAAGGUGAACUUCCAAUUUUCCAUGUUUAGGAGAGAAGUUGGAGCACAUGCACUCUGAAAAAUUCAUCCCUCACAUUCAUGUAAAGCGUCACCUGCUUAUUGUUCCUCAUGUUUUGUUGAAAUCUAGUUUCGAGUGGCCUGGCCCUCCAUUUAUUCCUGAACUAUCAUUUUAAUUGAGUUACCAAUGGGAUCUGAGACUCCUAUGAAUCAGGAAAAGAGGUGAACACCAGCUUACUGCCUUCUUAAUUUGUAUAGUAAGUAUUUGAAUACAGCUGAUGAAAGAAUUACUCAAACCUGUGCAUUAAAUGUGCUGUUGACCAAUGGCUGUCUGAAUGAAACAACAAUGAAAGACAAUCCGAAGAUAGUAAAACGCUAGACUGAACUAUGUAACCCUGCAAUUUUCAUGUUAUUCUUUUAUAUUUAUCAUGUUUAUUAUUUUAGUGAUAUUAUCCUUAUUGUUUAUGUAUACUUAAUUUUUAAGGUUGAGAAAUCAAAGAUGUAAGACACGAUGUUAACACUGUGAUGAUAGCACGUCAAAGAAUCCACUUCUCUCGUUUUUGUGUGGUUAACGAACCGUCAUUUUCAUACCUAUAUAUAUGUCACUACAAAUAAACAUUUUCAUAAUGCU